GGCUGCACACGCGCCGCGAUGGGCUCUCUGCCCGCAGCCGCGAACUGGACGGAGGGCGCGGACACCGGGAACCUGAGCGCGGCUCUCCGCACAGGGGCGGCGGCGGGAGCGGCUGAGGCUGAGUGGCUGCACCAGCUGGUCCAAGCCGGCAACCUGUUGGCCUCCUCCUCCGCGCCGGCACCGCCCGCGGCCUCCCUGGCGCCUACACAGGCCCCGGCCAACCUCACCAACCAGUUCCUGCAGCCAUCCUGGCGCAUCGCCCUCUGGUCCCUGGCGUAUGGCGUGGUGGUGGCCUUGGCGAUCUUUGGGAAUCUCAUCGUCAUCUGGAUCAUCCUGGCCCACAAGCGCAUGAGGACCGUCACCAACUACUUCCUCGUGAACCUGGCUUUCUCCGACGCCUCCAUGGCUGCCUUCAACACCUUGGUCAACUUCAUCUAUGCGCUUCACAGCGAGUGGUACUUCGGCGCCAACUACUGUCGCUUCCAGAACUUCUUUCCUAUCACGGCGGUGUUCGCCAGCAUCUACUCUAUGACGGCCAUUGCGGUGGACAGGUGAGGAGAGAAUAGGGAGGAGUGGGGAGAAGGGAGAGAGUAGAGCUGGGCAAUGGGAUGAGG